AUGUUAGCUGAUAAUGAAGUGAAGAAUUUAAAGAAACGCAAUUAUCAUAAAAUAAGAGAAUUAAUAAGAAUAUCUCUAGGAUUGGGUGUUAAUUUAACAAGAUCUUCGUUGUUUAAGGAUUCCCUAAGGAUAAUAAAUUUGAUUUUAGUAAUUAGCAGUGGUCUCUCCAUGUAUGGACAUUGGAGCUAUACAACUCGUUACUUUAAGGAUCUCUCAAAAAUAGCUGAAAGUGUCUGCACAGCUCUUCAAACUAUUGUCUCAAUGAUAAAGAUGGUCUAUUUUCUCUUCAUACAACGGAAAUUAUAUAUUCUCCUUACCCAGGCUCAAACUCAUGAAAUUAUACGAAAUAUUGAUAUAUUUCACAAAGAUUUUCCCAUCUCGAAUAAACUCAAAAAAAUUAUACACGAUAUUAUGGAAAUCAAUUGGAAGGAUAUUCGUGGUCAAUUGAUAUUCUAUAUCUGUUGUUGUGCUGGUAUAAUUAGCAAUUAUUUUUUUGUGGCCUUAUUUAAGAAUAUUUAUCAUGAAAUAAAGAAAACUCCCGACUAUGAACAUAUAUUACCAUUUCCCGCUGUGUAUCCAAUAUGGGAGGAUAAGGGAAUGUCAUUUCCAUAUUAUCAAAUACAAAUGUUUAUGGGUGGAUGUGCGGAUUAUAUUGCCGGAAUGUGUGCCGUCAGUUUCGAUGGGGUUUUCAUAGUGUUGUGUGUACAUGGCGUUGGUCUAAUACAAGUACUAAAUGCCAUGAUUGAAAAUUCAACUUCACCUGAAGUGCCCAAAGAGAGACGUGUGGAAUAUUUACGCUAUUGCAUUUUUCAGUACCAACGUAUCUAUGACUAUGUGCUGACUAUAGACAAUAUUUACAGACAAAUCAGUUUGUCACAAUUUCUAUUGAGUUUACUUAUAUGGGGCAUAGUUCUUUUUCAAAUGAGUAUUGGUUUUGAAUCAAACAAAAUGACUAUGGUACGCAUGGUAUUAUAUCUUUCAGCAGCUGGUUAUGAAAUCGUUAUUUUCUGCUAUAAUAGUCAACGUUUAACAUCUGAGUGUGAAAAAAUACCACUAGCUCUAUAUAGCUGCGAGUGGUACAAUGAAUCCGAGGAAUUUAAGCAACUCAUACGCAUGAUGAUUUUACGUACUAAUCGUAUUUUUAAUCUAAACAUAUCCUGGUUUACUACGAUGUCGUUACCAACUCUAAUGGCAAUGGUAAAAACAAGUGGAUCAUAUUUUCUAUUACUGAGAAAUUUAGCGGAGUAAAUCCUGAAUGAAAAGUAUAUGUGGAAUACAAUUAUAUAAGAUACAUAUUUACAUAAUAUUACAUUCGGCAUAGCCAAAUAUAGCAC